AUGAAUUGUAUCUUCUGGAAUUGCAGGGGGACUGGAUCAAAAGCUUUACCGGGUUUGGUCCGUCAAAUUCAGAAACGGUACAAUAUAGAUAUGCUAGCUCUUUUUGAAACCAAAGCAAGCGGAGAAAAGGCUCGACAACGAAGCACUAAUAUGGGUUUUAUGAAUGCCGAAAUUGUAGAUGCUGUUGGUUACAAAGGUGGAAUAUGGGUCCUUUGGAAUGAGGGAGUUUUUAAAAUCCAGGUCAUCGAAAAAUUUGAACAAGGCAAACAAUGGCCAUGGAUCAUUGGAGGUGAUUUCAAUGCCAUUCUCUAUGCUCACGAGCGUCGAUCUACUGCUCAAGGUCCCAGUACUACUGACCGUGAUUUUGGAAAUUGGUUUGAAAAUAUGGAGCUCAUAGAUUUGGGGUGCAAUGGUCCAUUUUAUACCUGGAAGAGGCAAGGCUGUGAAAGUCAAAUUGACCGAGUUUUAGCUAACAACCAGAGUAUGAAUGCCUUCCCCGAUGCCACUAUAAAGCACCUCCCUUGGUUUAAGUUUGACCACAGACCAAUCCUGUACCAAACUAAGAAUGAAGAGCCACAACUGAGUGGAGACCGUCCAUUUCGCAUGAUAGCUCCAUGGAUUCUUCACGAGGACUUUGCCAGAGUGGUGAAAGAGUCUUGGAUCUUGAACGCAGAUUGGACAAUCCUGAGAACAUUCGUGAUUUUCAGCCUAUCAGUCUUUGUAAUGUGA